UCGACACCGCGGAGAAGGGGUUGGUGGGGAAUAACGUAAAGAGGAAAAUGGCCGUCGGGGCUAUGGAAAAAGGGCAGGGACAUGGAGUGUUACUAGUUUCAGUGUGAAAAUACGCGUAUUUCGGGUUGAAUUUAAUUCGAUCGUGUUACUAAUUGUUCGUGAACAGUGAAUCGCUUUGUUGUGCGCGUGUUUCGCAGUAAAAAAUCCUAACACAAAGUGCUCAAAGAACGGAAUAUCUGUCCUUUACCUAGAGUACAUCAAGUGAGAUAAAGUGGUAACAAAAAGGGUUGCUUAGCCGCAGAGGUUACAUCCUCGGUGACUGACGGUUAUGUUAUUAUAAACAAUGGCAGUCAGAUAGUCCUGAAUUGAAAUUCCGAAGACCGGUUAUCUCAGGGCUUUUUGCACUCGUUUCGAAGAUGUGAAGAAAGAAAUUGCGGAAUGAAGCCGCAAAAAAAGGCUUUUAUUGCUAAGAAGGCAACCAAACCAUCAGUGGUUGUCAAAAAGCGUCGUACACUCAUUGAAAAAUCAGCGAUGGACGCAAAAAAAGAGAAGAAAUCCAAAAAAUUCGAAACAGACAAAAAGAAAUUUGAAGUAGAGAAAAAAUCGCCAUCAGACGAAAGAAAGAAAAAUGAGGAAAAACGAAAAGAUAAACUCGACAAGUCUGAUGAGAAGAAAAAACAAGUUAAGGAUCCAUCAGAAAAAAAGACAGAUAAGAUAAUCGAGAAGAAGACAGAUGAUAAAAAUGACGACGAGAUAUUGGAGAAUAGUGAUAAGAAAAAAUGUCAAAAGUCAGAGGGAAAAAUUAACGUUGAAAAAACAUUUUUUGAAUUUAAGACGAAACUUAAUAAAUUCGAUAAAACAAUCGAAGAAAGGACAAAAUUAAAAAUAGACGAACAAAUCCAGGAAAAGAAAAUUGAUAAUGACGAGAAAAAUAUCACAAUUGACAAUAAAAUACCAUCUUUUCCAUUAACAUUAAAAAAGAAAAAUGAUAAAAAGAAAGAGCCAAAAGUACCAAAAAUUGAUAAUUCCAAAGGAACCAAGAAAAUUGAGCGUAAAAAGACAGACGGUAAUUUAAUGACAAAAUUAUCAGCAUCAUCAUCUGCUCGUAAGAAGGAUCCAAAAGUGAAGCAAGCAAAGAAGAAUAAUCCCAAGAAGACAGUAUUAGCAAAAAAGUCAAAUCCCUCAGUGGCGAAGAAGUUUCUCGAAAAGAAGAUAAAGCUAGUCAAGUGUUUAGAAAGCAACGAAUCGGUAACGGAAACAAAUGAGGAAUUAAAGAAAAAAAAGAAAAUAGUUGUACCGAAAAGUAAAAUUAGCCCAGAGAAAAAAGCUUCACUAGAAAAACAGGCUAAGGUCAAAUUACCACCUAAGAAAUUGAUCCUUAAAAAGGAGAAGGAAGAAAAGGCGAAAAAUCUAGAGAAAAAAAAGAAACAGAACGAGCCAUGUAAGGAUUCUGAAAAGAUUUUGGAUCUCAAAGAAUUUGUCCUCGAAAGUGACAUCAAAAAGGAAGUGUUGGAUGAGAAGGAUUGUAGGGAAACUAAAGAGGAGAAAAUUAAAGAAGAAUCAAAGAAAAUUACAAAGUCCACGAAAGGGAAAUGCCCGCCGAAGAAGAAUAACAAAAAAGCCACUAAAUCAUCAAAGAAUGAUGACUCAAACAAGGAAGAUUCAGCGGGCGAGGAAACGAAAGCCGAUUCUUCCAAGUUGACAAAUUUCAAAGAUCAAGCUGAUAAUUUAGUGAAUUUAAAAGUUGAGACUCUUAAUGGUGAAAGCACGGAAAGUUCGAGUGCCUAUGAGAGUAGUAGUGGUGAUGAAAGUUGGCAGAACGGUAAAGCAAGGAGCGGCAAGCGAAAGGACAGAACCAGAACACCGUCCGACGAACGUGCAAGAAGAAUGCGACUUUUUGGCUUUUGGAGUGGGCCAAAAAGGCACAGAGUCGCUUCACUAAAUGCCCUCGCCAAAGUUCACUGUUUAUAUGAAAAUGAAGCAGGUGGUGUUUACCUAGGCGGAUUCUGUAAGCCGAAACCCGAAAAAGAAAAGCAGAAAAAGGCCAAGGACGAGAAAGACAAAGAGAAAGAGAAGGAAAAAGGAAAGGAGAAGGAGAAGGAAAAAGAAAAGGAGCAAAUUGUGAAAAAGGAAAAGGAUAAUAAAAAGAACAAGAAUGACGACAGUGCUCCAAAGAGAAAAUUGAGAAAUGUUCCUGGUUUACGGGGUAAGCAUUGGGACAUGUCGGAGGGUAUGUCCUCUUCCUCAUCGUCAGAGGAGGAUUGUAAGAGUGUGAAAAGUGAAAAGGUUAAGAAGACCAUUACGAAAAGGAGAAAGAAGAAUGAGGAGGUGAUGGACUUGAAGGAUAUGGUGGUUUGCAAGAGAAUGGCGAGUCUUAAUGCCUCGGCAAUGUUGGCUGCUUCCUAUUCCGACGAGAAAAUUCGUCUUGGCUCCGAUAGCGAUUCGUCAAGUGAGUCUGAGGUGGAAAUCAUCAAGCGAAGAAGACAUUGCGAUGUCGAUUUGGAUAAGAAACGACAGGGCUUAGAAGCUGAUGAUGUUAUCAAACCAUCCAAAAAAGUCGUCAUUGUUAAUCAAGACACCGAUGUCACCAUUACAGGUGUUUACGUGAAUCAAACUCGAUCCACUCAUCACGAAGGCUUUUGCAGUAUCGCUGGGAUGCAAUAUCGAAUAAGCUCGACGAGUCACACACAAACAGCAGCUACAGCAGUGGCGACGGAACUUCAUGACCAACAGAAGCCUGAACAGCCUUGCAAGUCGUACACACCUCUAGGAGCGCUUUCAUCUAUGCAGCCUCCGGGGAGCCAAGGAAAUCGUUCCAACAUGUCUCCCAGAAGGCACUCUGCCUUUUCUGCUCCUCAUCAACAUGGGUAUUAUCAGCCGGCUGGACCACUGAUACAGCAUCCUCCGACGUUACCUCCAGUAAAAGGACCACCACCGGAACCAACACCAACGCCUCCGCAAAACUCGGAAAGUUCCGACGACCUCGUCGUGACUUCCGCUUCAAGUGGGACCAGCGGUGCAGGCUUUUACAGGGCGUAUUGUCCACAAUAUUACGGAACCCCUCCACAGUAUCAAGAACUUUGUUAUCCACCUACAUAUACGCAUCCACAUCCACAUCCUCCACCUUACUACAAAUAUCCACCGACGUAUAGAAGACAAUACUAUGGUUUCCAAGAGAGUGGUGGAGGUGGUGGUGGACCAGGAGGAGCCGGAAACGGUACCGGACCAGGUCCGGGUGUCGUCGAGUAUCAACCGCCUCCGCCGCCAGGAGAAUACCCUCUACCUCCUUAUUAUGCAGGUUACCCACCGCCACCUCCGCCAAAUCCAGCAUAUUUACACGUUCAGGGACGACCAUUCGUAGACCAUGCAGCAUUCCAGAGCUGUCCAUGCCCGAUGCAAUCCUGUCCAAAAAACGUGGAUACUGGGCCCCUUAUUGGUAAUGGUAAGGGAGCGCCAGUGGCAUCGGGGCCCGGUCUGUCAUUGCCACCCAGUGCUUUGGUAGGGCCGCCCUCGCCUGCGAGGGGGCUAGCCGGGCUCGCGCCUCCUCAUGGUGCCAAUGCCUGGGACACGGAUCGCGUCCAACUCAACCCUCUUCGCAACCUCAAUCAGAACCAACCCUCUUUAUCGACCUCCCAUAAUCACGUCGGAAAUCAUAAUCAUACCCAAACCUCCGAGUGCAGAACCAAGGAUGAGAAGAAGUGUGUCGAGAAUAAAAUUCGGAAAUGCACAUGCCAGAAACACGCGUGCACAUCAACAUGUGAAGUUAAAAUGGAAAGUUUAUCGCCAUCGGAAAAAUUGUCAACACCAACAACCUGUCCAAGCACCAAAAUUCACAAUUUCAAACUCGAAAACAACAACGUCAAGUGCGAAUCAUGCAGUGUGGAAAUUGGUGUAAAUUUAAGUUGCGCAGCAAAUUGUAACGUGAAAUGCGAAUCUGAUUACAAAUGUGAAAUAUUAAAAUGCGAACAGUGCGACAAAGACGGACAAAUAUCAAUGCUCGACAUGGACAAAGAUUUAGGAAUUCUUCUUAUUGACGAGAAACUCGAGAACGACACCGAAGUCAAAGAAGAACUCAAUGACGUGGUCAUUAUUGACGGUGAAAAUUGGAAGAAACCCGAUUAUGAGCCAACGGUGCCGGAAACCGUUAUCGAUGACAAUGAUAAACCUUCCACAAAGACGUUGAUCGUCGAGGAAGAGCCAAAAACACAAAAAUUAACCAAAAGAAAACUCUCGCUCGACAGUCUCUCGGAUUCGCGGAAAAAGAGAAAAGUCAAUAAGCGAACACUGUCAGUUGGUUCCACCCGCGAUUCAACAAUCAAUGAACAAUCGCAAAAUACCCCACCACAAUUGAACGGUCUCGUCGCAAACAACACCGGCACAUCUGAAAACUGUCCAAUCAAACGAAAACCCCCGAAGAAAGAAAUUCCAUGCUCCAAACGUAAAGCCGAAAACUCAAAUACAUCCGAGAUACCAGUGAAAAAAUUAAAAACAUCCAAAUCAACAAGUGGCACUAAUGACGCCACGAAAACACUAGCGAGUCACACAUCGAUCAUGGAAACAAUUAAUAAUGUCAUUCAACAGAGCGUUCAAAUGACCGAGAAAAAGGAUAAGAAGAAUAAAAUAUCCGAUCGUGUUGCCGAGAGAAAUCGAAAGAAUGCAAAUUUAAUGUCAACAAUUAAGAAAGUAACGCGAAAACUCGAAUUAAAUUCAGUGAUCGAUAAAAUUUUACCACCAAAAUUAGAGACCACCUCAACAAUGAUAGUUAUGACGAGAAAUAAUAACAACAAUAAUCAAUUGAAAUCUAAAGGCGAAACGAAAUCCAAACCCAAAAUACAGGAUGCCAAAUGUAAAAAUAAGGUAAAGGCUAAAUUAUUGGAAGUUCAAUCAAAAAUUUCGGAUUUAAAAUCAAAUUUCAAGUUGCAAGAGGCAAAAAGUCGAGAAUAUUUGCCAAAAUUGAGAUCUAGUGAAAUUAUCGAGGACACGAAGAAAGCACUUCUUAUCAAGAAGAAACGCAAAAGUACAAAGAAGACUUCCGGUAAAAAGACUGGUGGCAAGUCAGAGGACAAUAUUGUCGUUAAUGAGCAUUUAACCAUUGCUAGGAAACCAUUCUUCAAGCCCAAGUGGAGCAACGGAUGGAGCUGGGAGGGCAAAGCUUAUGAGGCCAAAGUAUAUCUGACGAACGAAGAAUCAGCUAUAAGAAGAUGUUAUGCAAGUAUGAAACAUACCAGUGGAGACAUUUUGCGUCCCAGAGAUUGCGUUCUACUCAGAUCUGGACAACGGAAAGCUGAUCUACCAUUCGUUGCAAAAAUUGCAGCGCUCUGGGAAAAUCCAGACGAUGGUGAAAUGAUGUUCUCAUUACUAUGGUACUAUAGACCCGAACACACUGAACAAGGGCGCACGGAAUACGAUACCGAAGAUGAAGUUUUUGCAUCUCGUCAUCGAGACGCAAAUAGCGUUGCAUGCAUAGAAGAUAAAUGUUACAUUUUAACGUUUAAUGAGUAUUGUCGAUAUCGAAAAAAUAUAAGGCGCAUGGACGAGGGAUUGGAAGCACCGUGUCUUAUAGUUCCUCCAGGAGAUCAAGCUUAUCCGAGAAAAAAUCGACAACCACCAUUAUUGGCGUCAUCCGAUAUGGUUCUUUUUUGCAGACGUGUCUACGACUACAGGGGCAGGAAACUUGUCAAAAAUCCUGGAUGACUCGACUUUUUACAAACAUCUGCAACUAGAAACCAAUGAGACGCAUCAACUUCAUAUAUUCACAAUUUUCAAGUUUCCCUUCAAACUUUUAAUGAGAGAAAGAGUCAUUCUCAAUAAUUUUCCAUAAGGGAAUUAUUUUUUCCAAACAAAAAGAAAAAAAUAAAUACAAUAAUUUUUAAUUUCUUCAGAAACCGGAAAUUUUUUUAAAAAUAUUUUAUUCACUAGUUUUUAAAGAGAAAAAGAGAGAGCGAAGCAUAGAAAAAGAGUAUAAAAGAGAAUAUUUUUUACAAAGCAGCAGUUGAAAUGAAUAUUUUUUAAGAAAUAAAUUAUAAACAUUGUUAGAAGGGAAACUUCGAACAUUUAUAAUCGACAGAUGUGAAAAAGAAAAUUUAUUCAAAACACAAAAAAACAGAGAAGAUGGAAAGUUUUUGAAUGAUGACGAGGGAAUAAAAAAGUAGACACUUUCAUCUAUCUUUAAAAAAAUACAUUCUUCAUGUAAUGUGCAUUUUUUUACUAUCACGUUCAAGUGGAUGACACUAGAGAAAAGAAAAUUAAUAAUUUCUCGCAAUUGUCUAAAUGUUUAAAGGGGACUGAAAAAUAAGUAGAAAGUUAUAUUUUGAUUGUCAACCCGUCAUCGCGACAAUGUUCUCGCUAUUUCUUUGCAUUUUUUUUCGUUUUUCGUGUAGCUUUUAAUUUGUUUUCGUGAAUCUCAAAAGAAAAAAAAUUUUUAAAAAAAUUAAUUUUAGAAAGAGUUAAUUGUUUUCCAAAGCUUAUAUUACAAAAUACUCUCAUAAUCCAUCAGAAAGAUGAAAUGACUUUGUACUAUAUAACUUUCGAUAAUAUUCCAUUUAUCAAGUUAAUUAUGAACUUUUUUAUAUUAUUAUUAUUAUUAUUAUUAUUAUUAUUAUUAUUAUUAUUAUUAUUAUUAUUAUUAUUAUUAUUAUUAUUAUUAUUAUUAUUAUUAUUAUAAAUAAUUGUUGUGUGGCGGGUGUUUUGUUAAAAAAAUUAUAUUAUUUAAUAUUAAUAUAUUGCUAUCGCUGAUUAUUAUUAAUAUUAUUGCUAUUUAAUAUCUAAUAUAUUGGACUUAGGUUGUAAGUUUAUGUUCCGAAAGAGUGGAAAUUGAGUAUUAAAAAGAAACGCAAUGGAGUAGGAAAAAAAGAAAGAAAAAGAAUGCAUGUGAGAGAGAAGUAGUUAAUAAUCGAGUGAAUGAUUAAAAAAUGAGGACAAAAUUUUUUUUGAAAAAAAGGAAUACGAUCGAAAGACCUCAAAAAAGAAACCUCUCCAACAAAUAUACCAAAAAAUUUUUUUCAAAAUCAUUGUAUUCCAAUUUUAAUAUAUUUAAAAAAAUUAAUUUAUUAAUUAAUAUGAUUGUCAUUAUUUGCAUGAUAUUUUAAUUAAAUAUAUGCAAUCAUAUUUAACGAAUCACCAGAAAUAGUUUUCUCUAUGUUUUGAGUAAUGGUUUAGAGGUAAUUUUGUAUUCCUUUCAUAUUGCUUACAAAAAAAAUAAAUGUAAAUUUUUGCGUGCAAAUUUUAAAACUCCUUUUGAGAAAGAAAAACAUAAUUCUUCGGGAAUAAAAGUCAUGUAUUUUUAGCAAAUUGUACUCCAUACUACAUUCGCACUGAAGAUUUUAUUUUUAUAAUAAUUUUUCAAUAGAACGAAAGAUUUAUUUCCUUUUUUUAUAAUACUUUUUCAGUUCAAUGAAAAAUUUAUAUAAUUUUUUUAGAUUUUCUAUAAUAGAAAUUGAAUGCUGUUUUUAAAGUGAAAUAUUUUUAAAAUUCUUUGCCUCUCUCAGUGCGAAUGAAGGUAAAAAUAAAAUUAUAAAAGGGGGAUGCUGCGAAAUUUUUCGAAAAUGCGUGUAAAAUAGAUUUUUGUCAGUCUUCUAUUGUAGUUUCUCGUUUUCCGUUCGAGCGUUUAUCGACGGCAUGUAUGUAUUUCCGAUAAAAAAGAAAAAUUUCCACAAAAAAAAGGUUAACAUGGGAACAUUGCACAAAAAUGCAUAUCCUCUGUUUUAAUUCACACAUAGCCGACGAAUUUCAACCAACACUGUAUCCAUUAAAAAAAAUAUCGAUAAGUUUUUAGAUAUAUAAAAGAGAAAAAAACAGAAGCGCUCGUGGUAUUGUGGGGCAUUUACGGGCCUAGUGUUUGCUUUAAUCAAACAAAAUGGCAAAAAAUAAAAAAGUGUAAUAACAAAGUAACUGUAUGAAAAAUUACGUACACCCGGAAAAAACAGUUUGUAAAUCUUACAAAAAAAAAUAAUAAGAAAAUUUUGUUAAUGCGGUGCUUGAUGGUUUGCUGCCUGUUAGUCUGACAAUCACGCGUGUAAUACUCAAUUGUCAUUGAUACUCGAAAAGCAAAACAUUAAAUAGUUGCUGCCAUUUUUUCAUAUACUUUAAGAGGACCUACACGUGUGAUUGAAAGAAAAAAUUAUAUAUAUAUAUAUAUAUAUAUAUAUAUAUAUAUAUAUAUAUAUAUAUAAUAUAUUAUUCGAAUUUUUCGCAAUUUAUAGUCGACGUUGGUCUUUGUAAAUUCCUCCAAUGUGUUUCACUCAUUUUCUAUUACACAAAAAAGUAUUUCAAUACGAUGUUUUAAUUGAAAAUUUAAUAAAAAUACAAAUUAAUAAAAUUAAAUUAAAAUAUACAUUUGAUAUUAAUUUAAUCUAUAAAAAAUUAUUUGAAUUUGUCUAUUUCUCUUUUACAACAAGAAAAAAACAAUUAAUUCUAAAUUUAAUGGUAAAUAAAAAACUAAUGUAAUUCGACGGUAAAAAAACAAUAACUCUUUUGUACUUUACAAAAGUAUUUCAAAAAAAGAAGAAAAAUACAAUUUUAAGAAAAUAAAAAUUAAAUAAAUAAAGAAAUUGAAUUAAAUUUGUUUCGAUAAAAAAUUGCCGAGACCAAAUUUAACAGAUCAAAUAUAGAAAUAAAAUUUCUACUGUACGUGAAAAUUGUUGUUUAAUUUUUUAAAAAAACGUUUUAUUAUAUUGAAUUCCACCUUCGUUUGUGAAAUAAAAUUUCGUGAAGUGAAAAAUUAAGCGAAACACAGGGGAAUAAAAAGUUUUCUUUUUAGUGAAGUUUGACCGACGUGAAAUGCCUUUUUGUAGACGAUAAUCCUCUUGAAUUGUUGUUUUUUUCAAUAGUUUCACCUGUGAUGUUAAAAGCGAUGCAAUGUGCACUUACAAGCGACU